AUGGCGGAGAGCACCGUUCUCACCAACGACCAGGUACACAUUGUCGGGAUGGUGGAGAGCACCGUCGUCGCCAACGACCAGGUACAUAUUGUCGGGAUGGUGGAGAGCACCGUCCUCGCCAACGACCAGGUGCACAUUGUUAGGAUGGUGGAGAGCACCGUCCUCGCCAACGACCAGGUACACAUUGUCGGAAUGGUGGAGAGCACCGGCCUCGCCAACGACCAGGUACACAUUCUCGGGAUGGUGGAGAGCACCGUCCUGGCCAACGACCAGGUACACAUUGUUAGGAUGGUGGAGAGCACCGUCCUCGCCAACGACCAGGUACACAUUGUUGGGAUGGUGGAGAGCACCGUCCUCGCCAACGACCAGGUACACAUUGUCGGGAUGGUGGAGAGCACCGUCUUCGCCAACGACCAGGUACACAUUGCCGGAAUGGUGGAGAGCACCGUCAUCGCCAACGACCAGGUACACAUUGUCGGGGUGGUGGAGAGCACCGUCCUCGCCAACGACCAGGUACACAUUGUCGGGAUGGGGGAGAGCACCGUCCUCACCAACGACCAGGUACACAUUGUCGGGAUGGUGGAGAGCACCGUCGUCGCCAACGACCAGGUACACAUUGUCGGGAUGGUGGAGAGCACAGUUCUCGCCGAAGACCAGGUGCACAUUGUUGGGAUGGUGGAGAGCACCGUCCUCGCCAACGACCAGGUACACAUUGUCGCAAUGGUGGAGAGCACCGUCCGCGCCAAUGACCAGGUAUACAUUAUAGGGAUGGUGGAGAGCACCGUCCUGGCCAACGACCAGGUACACAUUGUUAGGAUGGUGGAGAGCACCGUCCUCGCCAAUGACCAGGUACACAUUAUUGGGAUGGUGGAGAGCACCGUCCUCGCCAACGACCAGGUACACAUUGUCGGAAUGGUGGAGAGCACCGUCCUCGCCAACGACCAGGUACACAUUGUCAGGAUGGUGGAGAGCACCGUCCUCGCCAACGACCAGGUACACAUUGUUGGGAUGGUGGAGAGCACCGUCCUCGUCAACGACCAGGUACACAUUAUCGGGAUGGUGGAGAGCACCGUCCUGGCCAACGACGAGAGCGACAGUGUGCAUUCGUCAGACAUGGCGCUUGAGAAAGCUGCCAGUAACGCUAGUAAUACGAAAGGCGCUGGAAAAGAGAAGAACGACGAUAUUAUGUCAGUCCUUCUUGCACACGAGAAGCAGAAUACACAAGGAAACAAUGUUUCUAAUGCUUUGAAGGGGAUCGAUCCAGACAGUUCCGAUUCUAGUGACAAUGAAUCCAAGGAUCCGUAUAAACUUAAAGACGAGCUCGCUGCUGUCGCCGAGAUGGAAAGCGAAGAUUCAGAAUCUGAUGACAACGCACCGACCGUUAUGGUGAAUGGCAAAGCCGUGCCUCUGACUAGCGUCGAUGAUGACGUCAUCGCCAAGAUGUCCCCAUCCGAAAAGGAAACCUAUAUACAGGUUUACCAGGAAUACUACAGCCACAUGUAUGAUUAG